UUCUGUACUAAUUCAUUUCAAAUGCGCCAGGUGGUUUCUCUUCGUCUUACCAAUACAACAAGAAUGUGGCCUUGAGUUUUGAAGCUUCUCAAACAUUCCCUUCUUGAUAGGGCCGUUUCUCUAUCGGACUUUCACUCUCCUGUUCAUUGAUCUUGCAAGCUGUAUAGUAAUACUCUGUGUUGUAUUGUACAUGUGUAAUACACACACCAUCUGCUGGACGCGAAUCGGUGCGAUACACACAGCUAUUGCCACACGAGCGUUCUCUAAGCUUGCGAUUGCCUGUCGCCAGGUUAUUAGCGAGUUUGUUCUAGAUUUCCCAUUCAGCUCCAUUCAACGAAUGCAAGUUCUGAGAUGACGGUGCGGAAGAGUCUGCUACUACGUUGAGCGAAGGGUUGAAGAGGAUUUUAUAUAGAAACGGCUUCAAGGUUUCGGUGCCAUUCCAUAACCUCCUUUCUCAGGCCCCACCCCCCACUGAAGUACUGUAUCUGCCCGGCCACAAAAGCCAAGAGCGAUUUCUUUCUCCGCAGUCGUCGAUUUGCCUCUCUGUCUCAUCUUCGUCUUUGUGACGAACAGCAGAAAGAAACUUCUGUGCCCUUUUUCUGUCGCCUAUGGGUUUCUGCUGCCAGUUUCGUCCGUUGCUGAGGUAGUCAUCAUAGAAAGAACCCGAAGGAAUGCAAAAGAACGAGUAGAGAAAGAUUGCCUCUUGACGUGGAGCGCUGUCUCGCUACUAACCGGUAUAGACGCGUCAGUCCUAACGAGAUAAUAAUAAUAAUAAUAAUCGGCGCAUGAAAUUAUUUUAAAAGCCCCUUUCUCCUACGUCUGAUUGCUGCUGGUUUUCGCUGGUGCAGUUGUCGAGAUAUCGCAGUACAGAAAGGCCUGUAGUGUUUCUUCCUCUACAAAGGCAACUAGAUGGAAGUGGCGGCCUGAGGCGGUGACCACCUGUGAAUGAUAAAAGCGCCCCAGUAAUAGCUCGUGCUAAAAACCAUGAGGAAACCUACCAUAUCCAGGAUACCGUUAUUGGAGAAAGCUCGUGCCAAGUCCUUCGGAGUCACCGAAUCUCAUCUGGGAGCUGGUCUGCCGAAAAGUGUUAGAUCAACUGAUUAUGCGCUCCAUCCGGGGGAAUGUCCGAAGCAUCAAAAAGGUGUCAAACCUUUCGAGGAAAUUCCCGGUCCAAAACCGCUUCCUAUCAUUGGAAACAUCUGGAGAUAUAUUCCUCCAUUCGGCCCUUUUGAUAUCACGAAAAUGCAUAUAAACGCCCGAAAGAUGAGGAAAAUGUUUGGUCCGCUUGUGCUUGAAAAAGUGGUUGCUGGUCGCAUCGUUGUACAUGUUUUCGACCCGCAGGAUAUGGAAACAGUGUUUAGAAACGAGGGACGUUACCCAACUAGACUAAGCCACCGCGCACUCCUACGCUAUCGGCAACAACGGCCCGAGCAAUACAGAAAUGGAGGACUUUUCCCAUCG